AUGCAUGAUAUUCAAGCUUAUCUUUGGCCAACUCCAAAUGCACUUGAGGAACUUAACGUUCCUUAUGACAUUCACUUGAUCAACAUCGGUAAAAAUGAACAAUUCGCUCCAGAAUUUCUAAAAAUUUCUCCAAAUAAUAAAAUUCCCGCCAUAGUUGAUCAAAAUCCUCCAUCAGAAUUUGGUGAAGGUGAAGGUGCUCCAGAUUUGUACCCAAAAAAUCCUCGUGAGAGGGCUAGAGUCAACGAAUGGUUAUUUUGGCAAGUUGGUGGGCUUGGCCCGAUGAUGGGUCAAUUAAAUCAUUUCACUUCUACGAAUAUCGAUUAUGCUAAAGAACGUUAUUCGAAAGAAGUUGAUCGAUUAUUCGGAAUCAUGAACAAACGCCUUGGAGAAUAUAAAUAUCUUGCUGGUGAUAACUACACGAUUGCUGAUAUAGCGUCAUACAAUUGGGUUAUAUAUAAUGAUAAAGUAAAGGCCGCGGAUACUCCUUUUCCAAACUUAAAGGCAUGGUUAGAACGUAUUAGUGAGAGACCCGCUGUUAAGAAAGCAAUGGAAAAGGCUAUUCGUCCAGAAUAG